UCUAUCAAUGUCUAAAGUUAAAAGUACUACUUUUUCAAAGUGUCACUGACUUCGAGAUUUGUCCCCCAUCUCUGCUGAGACUUGUUCCUUAAUCAUCGAGAUUUAUGACUAAGUCACCUAGGGGAGACGAAACUGUUAUGCGAAAGAAAAAAGCAGGCCUGUAGACGGGAUGCGGACUCCACACACAAGGUAAAAAAAACAGGCGUUUAAAACAGCAGUAAUACAAACGGCCGUUACUUUGCUGAUCUAAAAGGCAAAUAAACCAUCACUCUUUCUUCCUUUAUUGCUGCAAGACAAACAUUUAUCUUUAAAGGAAAAUCACAGUAAAAAGCCCUCAACUACUGCAGCUCUGUGCUAAUAUUAAUGAGGUGAUCUCACUACGGAAACGAAUACGUUUUCAAAGCACACAGGAAGAAGAGUGUACGUGGGACACACUGAACAUCUGUAUUUACACGCAUUCCUUUCCUGUCAGACAGAUAGGAUAACAGAGACCGUUGUUUUAACGGUAAACGGAAAAGGAUCAUGAAUCUGGAGGUAAAAUCCAAACUUCUGCUUCUAAUGAGGGAGAAAAUACAAUGUCUUAAUGACUGUCAAUACACAAAUCUUUUUACAGUCCCAGAUGCCUUUGAAGAUGUGGUUGUCACUUUCACAGAUGAAGAAUGGAGGAUAUUAAGUGAGCAGCAGAAAGAGCUACACAGAGAAAUGAUGGUGCAGAAUUAUGAAACCAUGAUUUCAGUAGGAUACGAUAUCCCAUUGGAACACUUAUUAUCUCUGAUAUGGAGAAAUGAUGAACCCACCACUUUUCACUUAAAAGGAGAAAAAUCUGAACAAGACAAAGAAUGUUUUGAAGAUACUUCUUGCUUCUCUGAAUCUGCAGAUUAUGAUGAGACUCAAUACCCUCCGCUUCCUCCAUACCAGCAAAGACUCCCUACAACAGUGAGUUGCCAGACUGUAGUGUGUAAGAAGAAUAUUACAGAUCAGAUGACAUAUACUGGGCACAAGCUUAUGAAUUACCUUGGGGAUGGUUUCUUAUAUUGCAAGCAGUGUGGAAAGUGUUUUUGCUUUAAGUGGAAGGAUAAAUUAUUGUCACAUCUGUGUGUAUACAGAGAAGAGAAACGUUCAAAAUAUAUGGACUAUGGAAUGAUUUAUACACAUAAGCCUACAGAUGCCUUGCAGCAACAGACUUGCAUAGGAAAACAUUUAAAAAAUGCUAAUAAUUGGUUGAGCUUUCCAGAUAAACCAGACUGUUCUCAGCAUACUGGAAGUAAUCCAUUCCAAGGUAAUGACCAUGGUCUGAUUUCUCAGGAGAAACAAGAAGUUGCACCGUUCCAGUGGGAUCAUCAGAGUGAAAAAAUAAGCAGAAAUGCUUUUUCAUCGCAAAAGGUGGAAGUGGGAGAGAAGCCAUUGAAAUGUGCUAAUUGUAGAAAGGGGUUCAGUGUGAUCAGUGGACUGUCAGUCCACCAGGGAAGGUGUUUAGAAGCUGAACAUUUUAAAUGCAGUGAAUGCAGGGAGACUUUCACAAAUAAAGCACAUCUUGAUAGGAAUCAAUCCAUUAUGGGAAAAACAGAUUUUAUAUGCAAACUGUGUGGAAAGGCUUUCAAAUUAUCACAGAGUUUAGUGAAUCACCUGAAAGCACACAAACAAGUCAAAAGUCAUAAAUGCGCAAACUGUGGUAAGAACUUUAGAAGGCCAAGUGAAUUAGAAGUCCAUUGGCUAGUGCAUACACAAGACAGUCCUUUUAAAUGUUCAGAUUGUGAAAAGGGUUUUACAACAAAGAGUCAUCUGUCAAAGCAUCAGAAGGUCCACACUGAUAUGUUAAAUUUCAUUUGUUCAGACUGUGGGAAAUGCUUUAAAAGUUUUAGUGUACUGUCAGCCCAUAAGAAGGUACAUGCAAAAGAAAAAGAAAUACGACGUCUUCUUUCAGGACGUGUCAUUGACUUAAAUUGGGCUGAAUUAGAAGAUCACUGGAAAGCUGAAUUGGCAGUUCAUCAUAAGGUACAGACAGGAAAGAAACAAAUUUCAUGAGUCUUUUACAAAGUGUUCAGAAAAGAAAAGCAUGGAGUACACCUGAAAGUAAAUGUGGAAGGGUUGCCCUUUGAAUGUACUGUUUUGUCACACCUUCAGAACAUAACAAAAGAAGAAGAACUCGCAUUCUUGUAGAAAACGUUAGAGAUUUAAACGCGUUUCAGAUUGAGAAAGACUGUUUAUGCAAAGGAGUUGUUGUCAUCAAUAACUUCAUUAAACAUUUCUAGUAAACAAAGAAUGUGAGCUAAUUGCACUGUCCAACCAGAGUAAUUGCUAAUAUUUAGAUUUUAGAAACAAUGUAAUAAGUAGGAGUUGUGUGAAACUGUUAUGUAUUGCUACCUUAGGGAUGAAUUUUUACCACUGGAAAAUAUGAUGAAAUAAAUAAUAUAGUUAAAAAGGCAAACCAGGAUACUUACUGUUCCUUGUGGAUCCAAAUGAGUCUGCUGAGAAUAGUAUCAAGUUCUGUGUUGUUAAUUUCUGCGGUAAUAAACACAAACCUUUAAGAAGCAAAUGCAGGUAAAGUCAGAAGAAAAAAAAACUAUGUAGAGUCACAAAAUGAGUAAGUUAACACAAGGAAAAAGAGGUACUUAUUAGUGUUCAGAACAUACUCUGGUAUUAAAGACAAGUCUAUAUUAAGGCAAGCACGGAAACAAAGAAUGCGAAAAGAAAGGCAUGAGUGCACCCAAGGUAAAUGUGGAAGUACAUGCUGCACUUAAAGAAAUCCCAAUCCCUCCAAGCUACAUGCUCUAGGGACAUAAACCUUGUCACCACAAUAAACAG